CGCCGGCAACGCCCGACGCGUCGUCCUCCCCACAGCCACCGCGACCAUGAGCGAAACGGAGCAAUCCUGCGCAGCUUGCUCAAAAGCAUCAGGCACCAAGCGCUGCUCACGAUGCCUUUCCGUCAGAUACUGUAGCGCAGAAUGCCAGCUCGCCGAUUGGCCUACUCACAAGCGCGUCUGCCACCCCACCGAGAACAAGGACGCGUCGAGCACCUCAACGGCCGUCCCAGAAGGAAUAGAGGAGGAAGUCGUGCGCAUGCGCGCGUUUGUGGAGGAGGUCAGGGUCUUCACAGAGAGAUACAUGUCGGGCAGCCGGAGCGGUUCUGGGCAACCAGACCCUACGCCGCUCGUCGAGGCGCGUGCAAAGCUCGCUGAGUUCAAAGUCUCUCCCGGAUUUGAGUUCUCUCCCGCCGUCCUUAGCGUGUCCCAGCAGACGUUGCUGAGCAUGAUACGCACGUUCUGGAUCUGGACCCUCUCGGGCUUCACACCUGAGCAACGCGAGCGGACGGCGUUUAUGCUCGACGCUACCCCUCCUUACGGCAAACGCGUCCCAAGGUUCAACGGCAAGGCUGUCGUUGACAAACCCGGCGACUGUUCGGCACGCGUGUACGAAGGCCUGUUCCGCUGCCUUCCUCUCCUUGUGUUCCAGGUGCCCGGUAAAGAAACCUCGGACGAGGCUACCCUUUGGAGGGAGUUUGCCGAGGUCGCUGUCAUGGCUUGGGAGGAGGACUAAGGCACGCCGCGCUGCCGUACGGCGCAGUCUGUCCACCUGCAUACAGUCAUCCCGAACAUGCCAUUCUCAAGGCCUCAACCGUGUAAAAACAACAGUGCUCCUUUUGUACAGUACCAUGUCUGCGAUCGCAAUCGCUACGCGAAACGUAUCUCCGCGAGCGGACAGAGCGAGGAAGGCGACCUGACAGCGGGCCAUGAGUCAAACAAGGCCGGAGGAGUGGUUCAUCCCGGCGGCGUCGCGAGACGACACGGGUGGCUUGGCCGAUACGGCUCUGUCCGGGCUCCUUGCGCUUCGCCCCGAGAUCCGUGCAGCAUCUCUGAGCCAGGC